AUGUUCUUCUCAUCGAGUAGUCAAAUACCAUACAACUUUACCACGGAAAGUCCGCAGUGGAAAAUGGAAGCAAAAGAAGUACCGAAACCUUCCAGUUGCCGUGGCUGCUGUGAAACACGUGCACAUGGACGAUUAGUCAUUCUGGCGCAGGUAAAUACAGAAGGAAACUGUCGACGAUUUUCAGGCUCUCGAGCUUCGUCAAUUACAACUCCAGCGUCGCCUUCAACCACAGAAAUUGUCUCCUCUUCUACAUCACCAGCAUAUAGCACAGAAAUCGAGGCAGUCACAACUCCGGAGACGAAAACAACGGAAAGAAGGAUGCCAGUUUUAUCAAGUAGCCAAAAGCCUCACAACACAACCACAGAUAAACCCUGCCUAAAGGAAACCGGUUCACGUGGAUAUUUGAUAAUUCAGGCUCAGGUAAUCGUAGAAGGAAAUUGUCGGCAAUCUUCAAGCUCCAGAGCUCCGUCUUCGAUUUUCGAUAGUUCGACUAUUCCAGAAUAUACAUCAUAUUCUAGUAAUGAGCCUUUCAUAUCGUCAACUUCACCGAGUUUUACAUUCGAGAGUAGCUUAUCUCCAUUUUCCUCUGACAAACCGAAAACUACAACAAUGCAGUUGUCUUCAACAAACGAAAUAAUAUCAACUUCUGAUCCACUUCAUAGUACUACAAAUAAAGCGUUUGUAUCCUCUACGACGCCUAUCAUCUCGAGUUCAGCUGAUACAUCUAUUGUAAUAACCUCUGGUGUUUCUCAACGUAGUACAGAACUUAGCACGUUGACAACUUCGUCCGAAAUUUCCACAUUUAGUACAGAAACUGAAUCAGUUAUGUCAACUACUGGCAGUUCUACUGAAAUAAGUUCAACAGAUUUUACAACAGUUGAAACUGUAACAACUUCCAAGCCUACAACAAACAGUUCAUUGAUCCCAGAGAGUACAGCAAAAACAACAUUCUCAACAAACUUUACAACGGACUUGUUUAAUUCUUCUUCAGUGAGUUCAAGAACGCAUUCAUUGACAGAUGAAUUAUCUACAACUUACAAUUUACUUUCGACAGACUUUCAACCGGUCUCGAGCACGCUGAUAAUUUCGCAUGCAAGAAUGACAACUCCAAGUUUCUCAUCUAUACGUUUCAGUUCUGAUGUUACAUUACCUACAAAAUUUACAACAGUAUCCAGCUUUCAGACGUCACCACUUUCUAGUAUAUUAACCAAGAGGUAUAAAAAGACAACAAUUGAGACUGAGACGCCGGAAUUAUCAUCGGAAAUCCCAAAUCCGAACUUAUUAACAACAACUGCUGCAACCCAAAGAUCAACCGGUGAAACAAGCAUUUAUGAAACUACGCAACAACAUUUUAGUCCAUCAGAAUCACUCACAAUUACGACUUAUAAUUCUGUUUCAGAUGUUACAGACAGAAAUUCUUCAAGAUCAACAACGUCUAUAUCUACUUUACAAUUAAGUGUAAAAUUUGAUACGACAGUUAUUUCAUCAAUAGUCACUUCUUCACAAAGUGUAAGUGAAACUUCAGUAGAUUCCACGGAAUCAUUGUCUUCUGUUUAUACUGCAAGAAGUUCGCUACAAUCUUUAUCGACAAGAUUAAAAAAGAUUUCUACAUCUUUCAGCACAGCAGUAACAGUUAAACCUAUUUUAACUUCACCAAAUGUGUAUGCCACCUCUGAUGAUUCAUCGACGUCUGAUUUGACAUCACCAGCGAGUGGGACAACAAAAUACCUAUCUUCCUCUGAAACUUCUAAGUCUCAAACAAGUGACGGACCAUUCCUAUCUAGCAAACUUUCCACCGUACUUCGGUUCCAGUCUAGCACGAAGCAACACACAACAACACAAAGUAAUGUUGAUUUUCUUUCUUCAUCAACAGAAACUGAUUCCACGGAAACUAGCUCAGUAAAAAAGUUACAUUCAACAAGCGCCUUCAGAUUUGCUACAUCGACAUCUUCUAUCAAAAUAACAACGAACAAAUUAAGCACAAGUGACUUUUCAAUUGUCACCACAUACCAGCAUGCGUCAACAGGAAUACAGAAUACAGGAACUAAAGUAAUAUCUACUCAAUCGAUGCAGCCUGUAUCCGAGACAACUUUAGCUAACACGCAGUUGCCGGAUAAGGGAACAACAGAUAUUUAUAUGUCAACAUACAAGACAACGGGAACCAUCAAAUCAACUCCUGAUUUAGCCUCACUAUCACCGAAAGUUUUGCCAAGUACUUCUGAUACUAAAACAACAGAACAUUUAAUCGAAACGUCAAACGCGGCCUCCUCAUCUCAAGAAAGUGGUUCAAGUACGUAUGCAUUCACUGCGUCUUCACAAUUACCUAAUUCUACACUAUCUGUAGGAAUGUCACAGUCUCCAAAAGCGGGUUCAACAAAUAUUAUUAUGUCAUCGACAUUACGGGAUAAAAUUACUGAGGUUUCUCUUUCAUCAACGCAGUUGCCAAAGGGAAGCAGCACAGAUUUUAUUUCGCCUUCUACAUUAUAUGAUAAGAAUACUGAAGUAUCGGCUUCAUCAACUCAGCUGCCCAAACAACUCACUACAAAUGUUCUUAUGUCAUCAACAAGUCAGGAUAAGAUCACUGAGGUCUAUAAUUUGUCAACAAAUGAGCCUGAAGCAGGCACCACAGAUUUUGUUUCGUCAACAACGAUGCAGGAUAAGCUAACUAAGGUCUCUACUUCAUCAACGCUAUUCCUAGAAACAGGUUCUACUGAUCUUGUUAAGUCAUCAACAUUGCAUGAUAAAAUUACAGCGGUCUCUUUUACAUCCACGCAGUUACCGGAAACAGGACGCACAGAUCUUGUUUUGUCAUCAACGAUACGGGAAAAAGUCACUGAUAUCUCUACUUCAAACACGCAGUUGCCGGAAAAAGAAACUACAGAAAUUUUCAUGUCACCAACAUUAGUUUCAUUACAGCCAAUACCCGAAACAUCAGGAACCAUUUUCUCCUCUGAUAUACCAGUAACACGUACCCCUACAUUUGCAAAAGGAUCUCCGGUAUCAAACGUCAUGGAAGUAUCUACACUUCCAAAAUCAAGUUCAAGUCCGUCAUUAACACGUUUGACAGUUAGCACUGAUAAUGUUUUCUCAGUAUCAUCUGAAGCUUCAGAUUCCAGCUCAGUCGGUUUUACAUUGUCACCAUUCUCGUCAAAAUUGACCGAUGUAAGCGUUGUUUCAUUGGCAUCUACAACAUAUUCAAGUUUCACUACCAUUGCCUCUAUAGUUCCAGAAGUGAUGCGAACAACAACUGAUUUAGCCUCACAAUCGCCGAAAAUAUUGUCAAGUACUACUGAUACUAAAACAACAGAAUAUUUAAUCCAAACUUCAAACGUGGCCUACUCAACUCAAGAAAGUGGUUCAAGUACGUAUGAAUUCACUGCAUCUUCGCAAUUAUUUAAUUCAAGCACACUAUCUGUAGGAAUGUCACAGUCUCCAAAAGCGGUUUCAACAAAUAUUAUUAUGUCAUCGACAUUACGGGAUAAAAUUACUGAGGUUUCUCUUUCAUCAACGCAGUUGCCAAAAGGAAGCAGCACAGAUUUUAUAUUGUCUUCUACAUUAUAUGACAAGAAUACUGAAGUAUCGUCUUCAUCAACUCAGCUGCCCAAACAACUCACUACAAAUGUUCUUAUGUCAUCAACAAGUCAUGAUAAGAUCACUGAGGUCUAUAAUUUGUCAACAAAUGAGCCUGAAGCAGGCACCACUGAUUUUGUUUCGUCAACAACGAUGCAGGAUAAGCUAACUAAGGUCUCUACUUCAUCAACGCAAUUGCUGGAAACAGGUUCUACUGAUCUUGUUAAGUCAUCAACAUUGCAUGAUAAAAUUACAGCGGUCUCUUUUACAUCCACGCAGUUACCGGAAACAGGACGCACAGAUCUUGUUUUGUCAUCAACGAUACGGGAAAAAGUCACUGAGAUCUCUACUACAAAUACGCAGUUGCCGGAAAAAGAAACUACAGAAAUUUCCAUGUCACCAACAUCAGUUUCACUACAGCCAAUAUCCGAAACAUCAGGAACCAUUUUCUCCUCUGAUAUACCAGUAACACAUACCCCUACAUUUGCAAAAGGAUCCCCGGUAUCAAACGUCAUGGAAGUAUCUACAUUUCCAAAAUCAAGUUCAAGUCCGUCAUUAACGCGUUUGACAGUUAGCACUGAUAAUGUUUUCUCAGUAUCAUCUGAAGCUUCAGAUUCCAGCUCAACCGGUUUUACAUUGUCACCAUUCUCUUCAAAAUUGACCGACGUAAGUGUUGUUUCAUUGGCAUCUACAACAUAUUCAAGUUUCACUACCAUUGCCUCCUUAGUUCCAGAAGUGAUGCGAACAACAACUGAUUUAGCCUCACAAUCGCCGAAAAUAUUGUCAAGUACUACUGAUACUAAAACAACAGAAUAUUUAAUCCAAACUUCAAACGUGGCCAACUCAACUCAAGAAAGUGGUUCAAGUACGUACGAAUUCACUGCGUCUUCACAAUUAUUUAAUUCAAGCACACUAUCUGUAGGAAUGUCACAGUCUCCAAAAGCGGUUUCAACAAAUAUUAUUAUGUCAUCGACAUUAAGGGAUAAAAUUACUGAGGUUUCUCUUUCAUCAACGCAGUUGCCAAAAGGAAGCAGCACAGAUUUUAUUUUGUCUUCUACAUUAUAUGAUAAGAAUACUAAAGUACUGGCUUCAUCAACUCAGCUGCCCAAACAACACACUACAAAUGUUCUUUUGUCAUCAACUAGUCAUGAUAAGAUCACCGAGGUCUUUAAUUUGUCAACAAAUGAGCCUGAAGCAGACACCACUGAUUUUGUUUCGUCAACAACGAUGCAGGAUAAGCUAACUAAGGUCUCUACUUCAUCAACGCAAUUCCUAGAAACAGGUUCUACUGAUCUUGUUAUGUCAUCAACAUUGCAUGAUAAAAUUACUGCGGUCUCUUUUACAUCAACGCAGUUACCAGAAACAGGACGCACAGAUCUUGUUUUGUCAUCAACGAUACGGGGAAAAUUCACUGAGAUCUCUACUUCAAACACACAGUUGCCGGAAAAAGAAACUACAGAAAUUUCCAUGUCACCAACAUCAGUUUCACUACAGCCAAUACCCGAAACAUCAGGAACCAUUUUCUCCUCUGAUAUACCAGUAACACAUACCCCUACAUUUGCAAAAGGAUCCCCGUAUCAAACUCAUGGAAGUAUCUAA